AUGAUCACACACGGGCUGAUGCAAAAUGGGCAGGAGAGAAUGGCUCUAGAGCUUCUAUAUGAGAAGGAGCUGGGACCAAACUUUAAUGAGUUCACUUUCUCAAUAGUUCUGAGCUUGGCUGCUGCUUUAACUCUGUUGGAUCUCGGAAUGCAGAUUCAUGGCCAUGUUAUAAGAUGCGAAAUCGGUGUUAAUGGCUUCAUAAGGACUUCUCUUGUUGAUAUGUACUGUAAAUGUGGAAAGGUGGCUAAGGCCAAUGUUGUUCUCGUGAAACUGCCCGCUGGGUCUGAGACAAUCCGAAAUAAUAAGAAGUCCCAUGAGAAAUUAUCUAGACAGACAGUUUCAUACAGUUCGUUGAUUUCUGGGUACGUUCUUAAAGGGGAUUUUGAGAGUGCCUUCAGGACUUUUAGAUCCAUGGUCUGUGGGCAGCUCAAGGUGAAUGAGUAUAUUGUCACGACGAGCACUCUGUCCGUCUGUGCCAGCACUGGGAUAUUAGGACUUGGUCUACAGCUCCAUGCCUAUAUCCAAAAAGUUGGACACAAAAUGGAUGUUCCAUUGCGAUCCUCGCUAAUAGAUAUGUACAGUAAGUGUGGGAGUUUGGAAGAUGCGAAGUUGAUCUUUUAA